AUGCCGAUGCGAGCCAAAGAAACUCUGCCCGGCUUCUUGCUGCUUCUACUACUGGCAUCCCCGGCCUGCUCACAAUCUUCGGAGGUCACUCGUGAUUCGGUGACCUGCUCGCUCCACGAGUACCAGGACCUAUUUCGUCGCUCCGAAGUCCGGGACUUCCAGCAGCGGCUGGAGCAGGAGCGGGCCGAGCUGCAAAGAGAACGGGAGGCGCUGGAAGCCAAACUGCAGGAGGCGCGCAGCGUGAACCGUCAGGAGGAGAAGCAGCGCGCGGAGCGGCUCAAGGUUCUGCCCCAGAACUGGCAGCUCCUGAAGCACCGUGCAGAAGGUCAGAGCACCCUGGGAUACAGACCUGAGAGGAGUCUGGCAAGCUACAACUUCACUCUCGAGUUCCGUGUGAUGGAAGACGAAUGGACUGCUAUCCGCUUGAUCGAUGCCCAGACCAUCGUCACAGACUGGUCCAUCCUCCGCCGGCCCGCCUCAAACCCUGAGGCCGAGUUUACCGCUGUCGACCUGGGCAUGGAGACGUUCUUGGCCCUGAGAGACAGGGAGGUGACUUCCGACUUCGAGACGUGGCAAGACCACACGCUGAUCACCAACGUGUCCGGAGUGUACAGGAUUACCUUCCAAGCGCAGGCACAAGUCCGCACCAACCGCCACCUUCACACGCUUCAGCUCAACUUGCUGUACCCCAUCACCGAGACGCGGCUCCGCCUCCUUCACGAAGGCUCGGCGCACAUGAGGGAGCUCUCCGUCGAGCCGCACGCGCACUGGCAGACGGACCAGGGGCAAAACUACACGGACAUCCACCUACAUCUGCCAAGUACACAGACGCUGACUGUGAAGUGGCGUGUGGAACGUGGAGCCGAGAUGCCUACGGAUGCGGAAGCGCCCGAUGGAAAAGCUGCAUCCGGAGGUGCACCUGACGCUGACGAGGGGCAGGUUCAGGCUACUGUCAUACAUGACACCCUCCACUCCGUUGACGAGAGCGUCCUACACAGCCUCCACUCAUUCAAGUAUCUCCUAGACUCGGAGCAGUCCCUGAACAAGAUCGAGAUCCACUUCCCGGGGAAGGCGCGCAUCUCGAGCGUCGUCGCGCACGGCAUGACGAACUGGAAGACGGUUCCCCUGGGCAACGCCUCGAAAGCUGAGGGCAGUGCGGUGCAGGUGUCCUUCAAGAGCUCCGCCAUCUCCAAGGAGGUCGUGGUCCUUGUGACGACAGAGCUGGACUUCAACGUUUCGCAGGAGCAGGUCAAAGUGCCAACGGCGGUUUGCCAGCAUGUCCUGCGCCAGUCCGGGACCUUCGGGAUCGUGAAGCUGGCCAACGUCGAGGUGCACCAGAAAGCAUCCACUGGUGCCGUGCGCAUGGGCGUCGAGCAGGUGCCUACGCACUUGUCGAGCAAAGCUGGCCGGCCCAUCGUCUUGGCCUAUAAGUUCCUUGCGCCGAUCCACGAAGUCCUGCUCUCCGUGAUCCACCACCAGGAGCUCCCCACCCUGGAGGCCCUGGCGGACGCGGUUCUCUACAAGACCCUGGUGGUCGACAACCAGAUCAUGCACAGCAUGCUUCUGACGCUCCAGAACACCCAGAGGCAGUACAUGGAGAUACGAGGAGUCCCCCAAGAGGCCAUGAUUUGGACAACCCGAGUUAACAGCGUCUCCGCCAAGCCGGUCCGGGGCCGAAGCGGAUCACUCCUUGUUCCGCUGAUGGUUGGCAAUGCGGCAGCAGCCGCCUUACAGGCCAAGACUUCGGUGGAGGUCGCCUGGCUCAGCUCCAUGACCCCCCUGGCAGCCAACGGCACGCUCCGCCUGAACCCGCCAAGCGUCGAUGUGCCCAUCGCGGCCCUGAGCAUGGAGGUUUCUUUCCCGGAAGGCUACGACGUGAACUUCACCGGCUCUCUGAAGCAGGUGGAGAGCUUUGCGCAGAAGCAGCCCACGGUGGUGAACCACGAGACGGGGGAUGAGGUGGUUCACAAGGACUUCGACUUCGCAUCCAUGCCUCCACCAUCGAAGACGCAGUCAAAGAACAUGGGCGUGCGGUCGAAGGUGCCGCGCAGUGGUCAGCGCUGGCGGUUCGAGCAGCUGCUGGUCGUUGAUGGGAGCGCACAUCUGGAGCUGGCAUACCAGAUUCCCAAAGAGAACAGCAGCUGGAACACCUACUUCUCAAAGUUUUGGACUGCAUCGUGA